AUGGAAGAACGAAAUUCCUCAAGUCCUGAGACAGUCAUCCCGCCGGAGGUAACCAGAGCGUAUGACGAGCUCAAGAACGAGGCCUUUAUCCAAAUAUAUUGCAAGCGAUCCACCUAUUUCAAAAGAUGGCGGAAGAUGACCAAGAAAUACUUCAAGGCUGUCAACGAAAACAACCAACCCGCCAUAAAAAGAUACGACAAAAGAAUAGAAAGCAAAAGGCAAAAAUUCAUUGAACGAUUCAAAUAUGCGGAGCUUGACAACAAGACCGUACCAUCCUUGCUAGAUAUCGAUGUGUUGAAAUUCCCUCAGAACGUCAAUCAUCGCAGGGAGUUGAUCAAACAGGAAGAUGAAUAUAAGGCAAAAAAUCAGCAGCUCAACCCUGAUACGACUAUUUCAAACGAAGAGCCUGGUAAAGAUGGAUUGUCAGCGGACGAACCCGUGACUUCAGAAUGGCAAAGUGAUACCGGAUCGUAA